ACGACGCAGAAGAGAGCAAGUUGUGGAUUGUUUCGGAAGUGGUUCAGUGUGAAGGAGUUUACAACGCAGAUCGGAUCGUGAGUGAGGUUUUAAGCGGGAUAAUUUGAAGGUUUAGAAGGAAGUACAAAAAUCGAUGGAUGGUGAUUUUGUUUUGAUCGCUGGUGAUCCUGAGGAGCCGGAUGGGAACUCGCAUAGAAUGACGGAGCGCUUGAAUACGGUUGUGGAGGAAUCACCCCAGGAAAGAAAGCAAAUGGCAACUCCAGAGUUUCAGCUCCUUAUAACCAAACCACCGAACGAAGCUGGUACACCUGCGUCCCCUAGACUGUUGACACCAAACUCCAGUUUUUUGUACAAAUCCGAAAGUCGACGCCAUACCGCGACCAGUGAUGAGGCCUUUGACAUCGGCUCUCGCCGAUCGUCGUUACUCAACGGGUUCCCAAGAUCGUCAAGAAGACAUUUGUUCGAGUUUCUUCAACAUCACGGCAGUCGGAUAUCGUUGAACCGGAAAGCGGAACCUAAAGCUGAUUUGCCGAUCAUAACCGUUAACCGCAACAAAAAUCGAGCCGUAGCAGAGGAUCAGUUCAGCACUGUCAUAUCCGCACUAUAUGCCAAGUUACUGAUAGUGAUCGGUAUCGCGCUCCCUAUCACCGAGGUGGUUUCGGAGUCUGCACCGAGGAACUUCUAUCAGGGUUUUUAUCUGUACCUCUAUACAACCAGUUUUAUGUUUGUGUUUUUCCUGUACGCGAUUCGAUUCCGACACAACGUUAAAAUUAAUCAACUCUUGAAGCAGUACCAAGACACGAAUGCCAUUCCGGACGCACUCACGCCGGAGCGAACCCGCCUAGGGUCGUUCUAUUUACGCGUUGGGGCCAUUGCUUUUGGCAUCGGCAGUAUGGUCUACUCGGGUCUAGAUUUCGGUCAAUACUUCGAACUAAAACGCGACGCAAGAUGUCAAAAUUUUCUAAUUGCAUUAAUACCGGCCGCCCGGAUGGCACUGUGCAUCCUGCAGAUGCAGUUCAUCUUCCUCAACGGCGGCCAGUUCCACAUGGACCAGCACAAGUUCGUGUCUCGAUUCGGCCUGAUGCACAUGCUGGCCACCAACGUCUGCGAGUGGCUAUACGUGAUUAUCGAGGAAGCCAAACACGAGAUAGUCCACCUGGCGCACCAGGGGAUGCAUCCCGUUACUUCGACGGUGGCCACACUGGCGGCAGGCAACUUCAUCGAAAUUGGCAGCGGUGCUAAGCUGAAUGAUUUUCAUCUGAAUGCUACCCAUCGCCAUCCGAAUCAUCACCGUCACCAUUUGACCAAGCGCGAAGGGCCCGCCACUAUCGCUGGCUUCGAGUGCCACCGAACCAACAUAAUGGGGUCAUUGGUUCAGAGUGCAGCUCCCUUUCUGUUCCCUUGCACGAUCGAAUAUUCGCUAAUCUGUGCCGUUAUACUGUUCGAAAUGUGGAAGAAGCUCCUGGCGAAGGGCCCAGGAUGCAACGCUUCACGAAGAGGCUCUCGAAAAAGCCUGACCGGAAAGAGUGCCAACCUGUUGUCCAUCGACUGCUCGAACGCACAGCGGGGGAUGUUCGGUGGGAUUUUGGUCAUCGUGCUGACCAUCAUAGUACUGAUUAUGUAUUUCGUGCUACACAAGGAACGGUACUUCCAGCGAAUGGCCACGAUUGAAGUGACGAUUAGCGAAAUCAUUUUGUACACGCUGAUGUCCUUCGCUGUCAUUUUGGCCAUGCUCCGAAUGCGGGAUUUGAAAUUUUCCCAGAAAAAGUGCAACGGUGGAAUCAGUCUCGAUUGCACGCUGCUGGUGCUUGCUCAAAUCGGCACCUAUAUUUACUGUAUGUUUAGUAUCAUUGGAACGUUUUUCUCGAUUGGAAUCUCGGAAUAUGCCACCGUGUAUUCACUGCUGGCGGAGAUAAUUUCGUUAAUACAAACUUCACUGCAAACACUUUUCAUCACAAACGCUUGGUGGAGAAGAUGCAAGGGCGCGAAGCAAAACCGAUCCAAACCGGGAAGAGAAAUUAUAACCUUUCUGCUGGUUGCUAACAUGUCCGUCUGGUUCAUCAACACGCUGAUAAAAACAAACGCCAGCUUCCGGCCAACGCUGAUGAACUUUUAUGGCAUAUGGGCGUGGACAAUUAUCACACAUGUAUCCAUGCCACUUGCGAUAUUCUACCGAUUCCAUUCAACUAUUUGUUUAUUUGAGAUAUGGAAAAGUACUUAUAAGGUGAGAUACGACCAAUAUUGAACAGGCAGGAUCAAAGAGGUGUAUGAGCUAAAGUUAGAGAUUAAUUUUCAACACAUUAUUGUUAAUCGAAAUAAUAAUUUAUGUUAAUAGGUACUAGGUAAUGAUUUUGUUUCAAUAAAAAAAUCACCAUGUAAACCAAACCAAUGUUGUUGGAGCAUUGACAUAACAAAACAAUACACAAAUUGAAUGCAGCUGAAAAUGAAGUAAUUCACUCACUGCUACCUCUAUAAUUAAUGGCUCAUUUGAGUCUAUUUGCAACUCGUCACUCACUCACUCACCACCCCUGAUCGGUCAGCACAUACCAUUAAAUCGAGCAAUUAGUUGGAGUCACAAUGUAACAGAACGCCUUCUCCCGACAUAAAUCAAACGAACUCGAUGACAUGAUAUGAUGAAUUUGCCACAGCCACAGCGUGUAUUUGCUGUGAAAUAAUACCCAACUCUGUCUAUGCUCGCUCUAACGGCCUUAACUUGAGUUUGAAUCAACUCAAAAUUCGGGUUCGAAUAAUUCAAUCCUCCAUUCAAUUUAACAGAAAAUUGAUUUGUUUAGUUUUCGCAGUGGAAUUCAUUAAUAAAGGGACAGUCUAUAUCAAUGUGAUAAGUGCGGAUAAUAUGAGUUUGGAAAUUGAAUGUCUAAAUGUCGAGGAAGUAAGAUUAGAUUUGGUCGACAGCACUAAUGUCUCAUAACAUCAACAUUACAAUGAAAAAAUAUUUAUGUUAUAAU